AUGAUUGAUAUAUUCAGUGCUAGGAAUAGGAACUCAGAAUUAACUGACCUUAGUGCUAAUCAUUCUUCAACAUAAAAAUCAGCAUUACAAGAAUUGUCUCUGCCUAAAAUUAAUAUUUUAGUGUCAUAGGUUGAACCAAAGUUAGAAAACUUAAUUAAAGCUGACGGUGAUUGUAUUGAAAUCAACCCAGAAACUGAAAGGAAUAUAAAGAAAACAACUCUAAGGAGAGACAUGUUCUAAAAUGAAAUUUAAAAAGGGAAUAAAUAGCAUAAAGUAACAUUUCGAGAUUAAAUCUCUGGAUAAUCUCUAAAAUAAAUUAAGUACUAUAUUAAGGAACCUCCACAAGAUCAUGAUGAAUGCUGUCCUUGUUAUAUCUUUUGA